CCCUGGCCGGCGUGCACGCGCGGGUGAUGCGCUAGCCAUGAUCUCGCAGAAGCUCUCGUACGGCGACGUGCCGACGUCUGCGUCGCUGUCCUCGUUGUCUCCCGGUCUCGCGCCACACUACGUCAAUGGCAUGGGAUGCAUGCCAACGCAGCCCUAUCCGAAUCUCUACUCCAACAACAUGGUGGCCGGCGGCUCGUGCAUGGGCUCUCCGGGCGUCGGGUACUCGCCGCCCAGCACGAUGGCGUCCUGCAUGGGCGGCGGCGGAGCUGUGCCCUACGGAUCGUUACCACGCGAGCAGGAGGCUGCAUCUCCUACUUCGGCACUGCAGCGCGCCCGCAACGACAAAACCUACCGUCGGUCUUAUACGCACGCAAAACCACCAUAUUCUUACAUAUCGCUUAUCACAAUGGCCAUUCAGAAUAACCCGUCGCGCAUGCUCACGCUUUCGGAAAUAUAUCAGUUCAUCAUGGAUCUGUUCCCGUUCUACAGACAAAACCAGCAGCGCUGGCAGAACUCGAUACGACAUUCGCUGUCGUUCAACGAUUGCUUCGUGAAAGUGCCGCGGACACCCGACAAGCCGGGGAAAGGUUCUUUCUGGACACUGCAUCCCGAUAGUGGUAACAUGUUCGAGAAUGGGUGUUUCUUAAGACGCCAAAAAAGAUUUAAAGAUGAAAAGAAGGAGUCUAUUAGACAAGCACAGAAAGCGGCGCACGGCCACGGUCACCACGGGGGCUCACAUGAAAAGCGAGGUGAGCAUACACACGAGAAGACUUCAGGCGGCGGCGGAGGAACUGGGGAAGACAAGGAGAUGCGUGACGACAUCUUAGCGCAACUGCACGCAGCUCCAGACUUGUGCCUGCCCGAACAUACGCCGCUUGCACUGGAGCACUAUGCUCAAUUGAAGCAGGAGCCACAGGGGUACGCACCGGCACCGCACCCGUUCAGUAUCACGCGGCUGCUGCCCGGCGCUGAUACGAAGACAGACCUGAAGAUGUACGACGUGAACUAUGGAUACGGCCACACGCCGGCGGAGAACUACUACCAGUCGCCGCUGUACCAUCACCACCACGCGCACGCGCAGCCGCCGUUGUGACAAUACCCCCUGGCGUAGGCGCCGCGCCGCGCGCCCGUGUGGACCGCGCCGCAAGACGUCCCCGCCGCGCCCUAGCCGCCGACGUAAGUAGGUCCAGCAGGCUCGGGCGCACUCUCCCCUAAUCUCAUGUUGAUAUUGGACUCUGAGUGAGCGUUUUGUUUUUUGGUGAUAUUCUAGUAGGGUUGCCGUUCGUCCGGAAGGUUUCGUGUACAUUUGUAAAUAUCUGCGGUAAUUUUCAAAUGAGUCCAUGUGUGCGUUUUAGUAGAUAGAUGUUUAAGUGCACGAUGGACGCGGCUCGCCCUCGGCCGGACGCGUCAAAUACGCCUAUGUCGUAUGUGGAACUUUUGCGAAAGUGUCCUUUAGUCCUUCGAUUCGAUAUGUUUGUGUGUCGAUAUUAGUUAUAAUAGCUAUAAAAGCUUCAAAACUUUGAUUAAUAAGUAGUUUUGAU